UACGGUAUUCUUGUUCCCCUUUUAGAGCAAUGUUAUUUGCGAUUUUCAACAAAGUUUCAAAGCAGGUUCAGAUGUUUGGUUAGUGACUUGGUUGUGUUCUGACAGGAAAACAAUUCUUUGAUAAUAGCUAUAAAGAUGUUGAAAGUCAUCUUUCCAAUUCUGUCAUUUUUACUACUUGAAGCCAGUAAAACAGAGUCAGAAAAUGGUGUGAUUAUAAACAGUGUAAAACUAAAAUAUAAUCCUGCAGAUGCUGGUGGCAUUAAAGAAGGAAGCAACAUUACCCUGACUUGUUCUGUGGAUAUCCUGACACCUUCUGGUCAAUCACCUCAGAUUUCAUACUUAUUCUAUAAGGGACAGACACAAGAUGUCCUGCUGAAAAUUGUUACAAUUCAGGCCCAAGAAUCUCAAUAUCUAAUCCAAUCGGCUCGACCCUCACAUUCUGGAUACUACAGUUGUGAAGUGGCAGCAGGGAGUCAAAGGGAGGAAAGUGCUUCCACAUUCAUAACAGUUACAGGAAAUUUACAGACACCUGUACUCACCGUACAUCCAAUAGAGGUGAUUCUGGGAGAUUUAACUGAGUUGUGCUGUACAUCUGAGGAAAUUCCUCCUCUGACAUUCAUAUUCUACACAUAUAAAAAUGGACUGAACCCAGUGCGUCUCCAUGAAAAUUCAAGCAAAAACAAAACUGUGACACACCAACUGAGGGUGACAACAGAUACAGAGAAAAACUAUAGUUGUACAAUCGAAGUGCCUGCAGCCAGGAGUGUCUCAAAGCACAGUGAAGUAGUACAGCUCUCAGUACAAAAUCCAUUUUCAGAUCCAAUGUUUGAAAUUGAACCGUCAAAUGAAAUAUUUGAAGGAGAUAAACUCACCAUUAAAUGCAGGGUUACGCAUUUGCUUCCUCAUGUAAAACCUCAAUUAAUCAUUAUGAAGGAUACAACUCCAAUAAGUACAGGAAAUACUAGCUCAGUGGUAUUUUCUAAAACAGCAAAUGCAACUGAUACAGGAAAGUAUGGGUGCAUGGCGAGAUGGAACAGUGUAUCUCAAGCUAUAAGAAGACAAGUGACUGUGGCAGUACCAGUUUCCAUACCAACUUUAAUGUCAACACCCAUUGGUGGUAAUGUGGUAGAAGACGGUUCUUUGGAUCUUUCAUGUGCUGUGUUGGGCGGAUCCUAUCCAAUAACUUACAAGUUUUACCAAGAUACAUCAGAAAUUCCUCUGCAUCAAAUAACAUUAAAUGCGACCACAGCAGUCCAUCAUAUUGUUUCAGUUAAGAAUGGGCACAGUGGAAAGUAUUCCUGUGAGGUAUCAAAUUCUGCAAAUCAAAUCACUCGAACAAAAAAAAGUCAGUAUGUUACUAUAAUUGUAAGAGUUCCAGUAUCCAACCCUACAAUAAAAUGCAAUUCUUUAAAAGAUGUAUAUAAAACAGGAGAAUGGGUAAUCCUGCUUUGCCAGUCAACCAAUGGAACUGUUCCUAUAACUUAUUCAUUGUUCUCAAAUAAAAGACUCAUCUACUUGAUCUCGAGAUCUGAUAGAGAGCCUGCAACUUUUAAAGUUCUCUUAAAUGAAACCAAAGAUGGCGGGGAGUACAAGUGCAAAGCUGAGAAUGAAAUUCCAAACUUGUCCAAAUACAGCAAAGGAAUAAACAUUACAAUAAAAGUUCCUGUAUCCAAACCACUGAUUUAUCCUCUGUUGAAUUCUACCAAGGUGAAGUUAGGGGAGACUGUGACACUGCACUGCGUAACAAGCACAGGAACUCUACCAAUCACUUAUACACUGUAUCGGAAUCAAUCAAGUCUCCAAUCAGCUACUACAAUGCAGGCAAUACCAGCAGGCUUUAACAUAACAGUAGAUUCAGUGGAGCAUUCUGGAGUGUACAGCUGUAAAGCUGAAAAUCAAAUUUCUUCAGAACACAGUAAUGGAUUAUCCUUUCGUAUUUUACGUGGUGGAUUUCUAUGGUGGAUUUACAUAAUAAUAGUCGUAAUUUCACUAAUGAUAAUAGGACUGGCAAUAUUAAUAGCUCAACAUUGUAAGCAGUGGUGCAAGAAUAAUGAAGGUAUAAACCAGGAGGAUGAAAGCUCUAAACCAAGUCAGAGAGGGCCUUUGCAACAUAAUCAAGGGUCUCUGAAAAAAAGUAUGGAGGUUAUUUAUAGCAAAAUUGGAAACAUUACGCAUCCAAAGCUCAACCAACCAGAUUCUGACAUGCUGAUAGAACAGCAAGAAGCUGAUUCAGACAGGAAUCAUGAGGGGGACUACACUAACAUCAUGUCAUAUCAAGGAAAUGUUACAGAAGAUGAUUCUGAAAGUGAUUGCGAAGCAGAUUACACGAAUGUGACAUCAAAAAGAAAAGCUGCCAGUGCUGACAGCGAUACCUCCUCUGAUGAAACCAAUCACGUUUUAUACACUCAACUUGAUUUAGCUGCUCUGCAGAAUAACAGUACACCACAGCCACAAGGACCCACAAUAUAUGCUUCUAUUGCUUUAGAUAAGUUACGGUGAAGGGUUCCUGAAAAGUUAGAACCUUAGACCCAUGAUUGUAUUUUGAUAAUUGGUCAUCAAACUCAUUUUGAACCAAGUAAACCAAGAAAUUGUAAAUAGCUAUUUGGCUUGUUAAUCAGGCACAAGAAAUCCUUUCAUUUUGUAUGAAAUAUUACCUUAGUAUUUAUCAUGAUUAAAAAUUGAUUCUUUACAUGGGGGAAAAAAUCAAGGCUAUGGGGAGAAGGCAGGGAAUGGGUUUGAGGAACGUAUCAGCCCUGAUUGAAUGGUGGAGCAGGCUCAUUGGGCUGAAUGUCCUAAUUCAACUCCUGUAUCUUAUUGUCUAAAUAAACCAAUUUAGAAAUAGAGAAAACAGAACAAAGAGCAUAACAGUUUUGAGUAUUAGAUUAGUGUCAUAGAUUAUUAAGAUGUAUAUUCAUGCCUGCAACUAGCGUCUUUGUGUACAAGAUGAUUAGGGGGUUAGAUAGGGUUGACAGUGUGAACCUUUUCCCGCGUAUGGAGUCGGGUAUUACA